UGAGGAGUUUGGCCCCAAAAAUGAGGGGUUUGGCCCAAAAACUGGGGGAUUUGGCCCCAAAAAUGAGGCAUUUGGCCCCAAAAGUGAGGAGUUUGGCCCCAAAAAUGAGGGGUUUGGCCCAAAAACUGGGGGAUUUGGCCCCAAAAAUGAGGCAUUUGGCCCCAAAAGUGAGGAGUUUGGCCCCAAAAAUGAGGGGUUUGGCCCAAAAACUGGGGGAUUUGGCCCCAAAAAUGAGGCAUUUGGCCCCAAAAGUGAGGAGUUUGGCCCCAAAAAUGAGGGGUUUGGCCCAAAAACUGGGGGAUUUGGCCCCAAAAAUGAGGCAUUUGGCCCCAAAAGUGAGGAGUUUGGCCCCAAAAAUGAGGGGUUUGGCCCAAAAACUGGGGGAUUUGGCCCCAAAAAUGAGGCAUUUGGCCCCAAAAGUGAGGAGUUUGGCCCCAAAAAUGAGGGGUUUGGCCUCAAAAAUGAGGGGUUGGACCCUAAAAGUGAGGGGUUUGGCCCCAAAA